AUGGACUUUAUUCGACGAAUCGCCGACUUCUUCGCCAGUCCAGCGUUCCCGUGGAAGAAUGUCAUUGUCGGGCUCUCCGUCGGCAAGUUCCUCUUUGAGUCGUUCAUCACGCUGCGCCAGUGCCGCGCCCUCUGCACGCCCCAGCCGCCGCCCUCUGCGCUGCAAAAGCGCAUUUCCACCGAUACGUUUGCCCAGACGGAGCGGUACGGCCUCGCCAAAGCCAGGUUUGGCCUCGCCAGAGGCCUCUGGUACACGGCCGUCGGCUAUCUCUACCUCCGCCAUGACGUCCUGGCAAGCCUGUGGCACCUGUCCGGUAGGCUACUCGUCCAAUGGGCGCCGGCCAGCUGGGGAGGCUCGGCAUGCCAGUCUGCCGUGUUUGCCGUCCUUUACCUCGCUGCCAACAUGGCCGAGAGCAUCCCUCCGCAGCUGUACAACACCUUUGUCCUGGAACAGCGCUUUGGCUUCAACAAGCAGUCUGUCGCUGGAUUCUUUGGCGACCAGGUCAAGACAUUUCUCAUCUCAUCCACCUUUCUAAUCGUGGCGGUCGUCGGGUUUCUCUACGUAAACCGCAUCGCCGCGGACGGCGGCGGCAUGCUCGCGCUGUACCUCGGCCUGGCGGCUCUGGGCCUUCGCGUAUUCCUCGUCACCUUUUACCCCGUGUUCAUCCUGCCGCUGUUCUUCAAGCUGUCGCCCCUGCAGGGCAAGGACAUCCAGGACAGGAUCAUCGGCCUGGCGGACAGGCUUGCGUUUCCGCUCAGCAAGGUCCAUGUCGCGGACGGGAGCUCGCGCAGCACGCACUCGAAUGCAUUCUUCUUUGGAUUUCCCUGGCAGAAGAACAUUGUCGUCUUUGACACGCUGAUUCAGGAGAUGAGCCCGGCAGAGGUAACGGUCGUUGUCGCUCACGAGCUCGGCCACUGGAAACUGGGCCACACCGCAUGGCUCUUUGCACUGCAACAGCUGGACCUUGUCUACAGCUUUGGGCUCUUUUCUCUCGUCUACGCCAACCCGCACUUUUACGCCGCGUUUGGCCUGGUGCGGGAGCGGCCGGCCGUGGUCGGCUUUCUGCUCUUCUGCCAGGCGCUGCCGCCGGUGGCCUCGGCGCACCAGCUUCUCAGCAACGUCUUCUCCCGCCGCUACGAGUACGAGGCAGAUGCCUUUGCAAGGGGGCUCGGACUCCGAGCCGAGCUGGCCGCGGCGCUGGUCAAGCUCAACGUCAACAAUCUGAGCACCGUGACGGCGGACUCGGUGUAUUCUGCGUAUCAUCACUCGCACCCGCUGCUUGCCGAGAGACUCGCCGCGCUCGACCACGCAAAACUUUCUUGA